GUGUUCUCUAAAAUCUUAUGUCAGGCGAUUGAUACGAAAAAUAACCUCUUGUUAUGUGUUUUUGUGGUGUUUUUCAACAAAUAAAGACACAGUAUUUUAUUUAAAUCUUCGAGAUGGCCACCUAGGAGCUUUGAAAUACUGUCCCUUAAAAUGUCCUACCUUAGAGUUCAUUGCAUACUAUGCCUGAAACAUGGAACUAUUGAUAUUGCCAAGAAGUCCUUCUCGAUAAAACUUAACAAUGUAUUUCCAACUCAGAAUGUGGCUAAGAUUUCCACGUCUCAUUACUUAAGCAGUAACGCACUUACAAAACCGCAAAUUACAAAAGAGAAAAAAGGCAAAAAUGUACCUCAAGAUACCAGAGUGUGGAAGGAGACUCCAAUACAUGAUGUUAAAAAUAAUUUAGUCCACUACAGUAUGAUGCUCUCCAAGUUUAGACUGACUUCUCUAGUAGUGAUGACAUCUAUGGCGGGCUACGCAUUGGCACCGGCGCCUUUUGAUCUUACCACUUUUGCCCUAUGUGCUGCCGGAACGGGUCUUGUGAGUUCCGCUGCUAAUUCCAUUAACCAGUACCAUGAGGUACCAUUUGACGCCCAGAUGUCUAGAACUAAAAAUCGUGUUCUUGUGAAAGGAUUGCUAGAACCCGUACAUGCUAUAGGGUUCGCAGCGGCAACAAGUGCGACAGGGCUCAGUCUGUUGUAUUUUGGAGUGAACCCGCUCACUGCGGCACUGGGAGCUGGCAACCUAGUGCUCUAUACCUCUAUAUACACUCCAAUGAAGAGAAUGUCCAUUCUAAACACAUGGUUGGGAUCUGUAGUUGGUGCCAUCCCACCGCUGAUGGGCUGGGCGGGGUGCGCGGGGACGCUAGACGCGGGAGCACUAGUAUUGAGUAUAAUUCUAUACUCUUGGCAGUUCCCGCAUUUCAACGCUCUGUCGUGGAACCUCAGGCCCGACUACUCCCGCGCCGGCUACCGAAUGAUGGCUGUUACUGAUCCAGCACUAUGUCGACGUGUGGCGUUGCGGCAUACCGGAAUUAUAACAGCUACCUGCCUCACCUCUUCCUACCUAGGAGUUACCAAUAUGUGGUUUGCUGCUGAGUCACUGCCACUUAACUUAUAUUUCACGUACUUAGCCUGGCAAUUCUAUAAGAAAUCUGACAGCGGCAGUUCAAGGAAACUGUUUAGGUUUUCACUGAUACAUUUGCCUGCACUCAUGCUUCUGAUGCUUAUCAACAAACAGUACUGGAGUAGCGGAGAGACGAUUGAGCAAAAUGACUCACAGAAGACUGUGGACAAGACGCCAGAGUCCAAGAGAAUUACAGUAUUACCACGGGGGCCUUUCGUAGCCGCACAGGACUUGGAACAAAAUACUACCAUGAAAUAGACAAUUUACUGUUAAAUAGCUUAUCUGUAAAUAAUGUAUAAACUUUUGUGAUUAUAUUUUAUAGAUUUCAAUACGAAUUGCGAUCGAGAUUCGUUACUGUUAAGUAAAUUAUUUUUAUUUGUUAAUGCAAUGUUCCUUUAGACUGGAAAUAAAAGCGUCAAAUAGAAAUCUUA